AAGUUCCAUCGCCACCAUCAACUCUAAGCUGUCUUAUCUAAUUGUUUCUCUUGUCCCCAAGUGUCUCUCCCAGGCGGCCGUAAUCGUCCACAAUUGUCCCUGGUCAAGAACCAGUCCAUUAACCUCAGAAACGAAACGGCUCUUCUCCAACCAUGGCAGCGGAAGUUGCCAAUGGCGCCAACGUCUCGCGGCUGGACGCCAUGAUCCGCGAGAACGCGCGCAAGACAAAGUCCAUCUACUCCAACACAAGUUCUGACCCGUCAAGCCGAAAGCGCAGAAAGCUGGACCCGGGCAUGGCCUCUGAGGAUCCGGACAUUACCAAGACCGCCCUUUCCCUUCGCCUGCACGCCGAGUACAGCGAUGUUCAGACCUUACCCGACGUCAUCGCCAACAAAGUCCCCGCCGCCGGACCACGGAAAAAGAAGCAGCCCAAGGCUGCCGAGGAAGCGCCGUCGCAAUCAGAAGAACACGCGCGCAAGCUGCUAGAGGGCAUACCAGCGACCAAACCCGGCGGCAGCGCCAGCUCGAGUGCCCUCGUCCUCUCGCGCAAGCCAAACGGCACCAAGCCCGCAGCAGCGCAGCAGCGCAACGAACCGCAGAACCUGAGCCUCGUCCGCCGGACCGACAGCCUCCUGGCGCAGCCACGGCCGGACUGGCACCCGCCGUGGAAGCUCCAGCGCGUCAUCAGUGGGCACCUGGGCUGGGUGCGGGCGCUGGCGGUCGAGCCGGGCAACAAGUGGUUCGCGUCGGGCGCCGGGGAUAGGACCAUCAAGAUCUGGGACCUGGCAUCCGGCCAGCUGCGACUGACUCUGACGGGCCACAUCUCGACGGUGCGCGGCCUUGCUGUGUCGCCUAGGCAUCCGUACAUGUUUUCGUGCGGUGAGGAUAAGAUGGUCAAGUGCUGGGAUCUGGAGACCAACAAGGUGAUAAGACACUAUCACGGCCAUCUCUCGGGCGUGUACACACUCAAACUCCACCCUACCCUUGACGUUCUCGUCACGGGCGGACGCGACGGCGUGGCACGCGUGUGGGACAUGCGGACGCGGAGCAACGUGCACGUCUUGUCAGGCCACACGGGCACCGUCGCCGACCUCGUCUGCCAGGAGGCCGACCCGCAGGUCAUCACAGGCAGCCUGGACUCGACGGUGCGCAUGUGGGACCUGGCGGCGGGCAAGACGAUGGGGGUGCUGACGCACCACAAGAAGGGCGUGCGCGCACUGGCUACGCACCCGACCGAGUUCACCUUCGCCACGGGCAGCACGGGCAGCAUCAAGCAAUGGAAGUGCCCUGAGGGCGCUUUCAUGCAAAACUUUGAGGGCCACAACGCCAUCAUUAACACCCUGUCCGUCAACGACCAGAAUGUCUUUUUCUCGGGCGGCGACAAUGGGUCCAUGAGCUUUUGGGACUGGAAGUCUGGGUACCGCUUCCAGGCCCUGGACACGACCGCUCAGCCGGGCUCGCUCGAUGCCGAGUCCGGCAUCAUGAGCUCCACCUUUGACGUCUCAGGCGCGAGGCUGAUUUGUGGCGAGGCGGACAAGACAAUCAAAAUAUGGAAAGAGGAUCCGGAGGCUACACCGCAGACACAUCCCCUGGAAUGGAAACCAACCUUGUCGAGGAGGAAGUACUAGGCGGGAGUGGGAGAUCUGCGUGGACCUAAGGAUUGUAUACUAUGUCACCAGCAUUAACAUGUCGGCACAGGAGAGGGAUAGAAUGGGACUUGCCAUCCUAUUCUUCUUGCCUAUCAGUUUAUAGCGCCUCGUCUUUUACAGCAUAAUACCAAGUGCCUUGAUUUCUGGAUCGUCGCGAAACGCCAGCCUCACCUCUUCAUCUCCGACGGCCAGACGCAUCUUACUCGGCCGCUCCGGCCUCUGCCCUUCC